CAUGUAUAAAAAAUAGAGCGUAUUUAACGCUAUUUAAAAAUGUGUGAUAAAAUUGUUCAAUAAUCUGGAAAAUGCUAAGCGGCGUUUCUAAUGGCUAUGACCCUUUGAACCAUACAAGUGUAUAUCACGGAAGAGAAGAUUCCGAUGACAGUGACGGGGAGGGAGGUCUGGGUAAUGUAAAUCGUCAAAUAAUGCGCCCUCCAGGUCAUAGUGGAAAAGCAAAAAAAGGACACCUUUGUUUCGAUGCAUCUUUCGAAUGUGGCAAUUUAGGCAGAGUGGACUUAAUCAAUGAAUACGAGUACGACUUAUUUGUUCGUCCGGACACUUGUUGUCCUCGACUACGAUUUUGGUUUAAUUUUACUGUAGACAAUGUCAAACUGGACCAAAGGGUUAUAUUUAAUAUUGUUAAUUUUAGUAAAGAAAGAAAUUUAUUUAUGGGAAAUAUGACACCUUUGGUGAAGAGCACUACUAGACCUAAGUGGCAAAGGAUUCCAAAAAAAUAUGUUUUUUAUCAUAAAUCCAAUGUGCAUCAAGGACACUACGUGCUCAGUUUUUCUUUUGGUUUUGAUAAAGAAGAGGACAUUUUUCAAUUUGCGUUGGCUCCUCCUUAUAGCUACUCAAGAAUGCAAGCAUUUUUAGUCAUGCUGGAGAAAAAAGCAGCUUACCUUAGUGGAAGUUUUACCAGAAAUAUUCUCUCCACCAGCGUGCAAAAGAGGAGCGUAGAUUUAAUAACCGUAGGUGCUCUCCAAAGCUUUGAAAAACCAAAAUCCAAAAAUAAAAGACGAGUUGUCUGUAUUAUGGCUAGAGUUCAUCCUGGUGAAACUCCAACUAGUUUUGUUUGUCAAGGUUUCUUAGAAUUACUUAUAAGCUCAAGCUCAAUAGCUUCAACUUUAAGAGAAAAUGUCACAUUCAAAGUUAUACCAAUGCUCAAUCCAGAUGGUGUCUUUCUGGGUAACUAUAGAAGUACUGAAAUGGGCCAAGACUUAAAUAGAUCAUGGCAUAUAGCAAACUCUUGGUUGCAUCCAACCAUUAAAGAUGUGAUAGAUACUCUGAUAAUAUUAGAUAAAACUUUUUAGGAAUUUCAAUUAGAUUUUGUCGUAGAUAUUCAUGCUCAUUCUAGCCUAACUGGAUGCUUUGUUUAUGGCAAUACUUAUGAAGAUGUGUACAGAUAUGAAAGACAUAUACUAUUUCCAAAACUAUUAGCAGC